ACCUAUUUCUCGUACUCUUUUUUGCGUUUCCGAAAGCAAGCAUGACAGCGAGACGACAUAUUGAAGACUCAUUGUAGAUGUGACCAUCUGCCUGUAGGUGUUGCCAAGCGGAGUUCUGGACAACGUCCCUGUCCUAUGCAGAAUCAUAAUUCUUAAGGAAGUACUGGCACCCGACAUUAAGCAGAAAAUAUUCCACUGUUCAAUAACACAUGAAAAAACAAAACUUUUGAGCCACUCUAAUGAAGAAAGAGCACCUCGACACAAGGAACAGUAAAUGAAACCUACAAACCACUUGCUCAAACACAGUACUCAAAUUCUAAGAUAGUAUGCCCCGUAACCACCGCCACCGUCUAUCAAGCACCCAAUUCUGAGAAAGGGCACCCAAUGACCAAAUCCAAAAGCUUGGCGAAGGCAUUCCAAAAUCUAACAGAGAGAACAACAGAGCGUUCCAACGACAACAAAAACGAUUAUUAAUAAGAUGCUUCAACUCGGGACAAAAACAUCCAUCCUGCACGGUUCACUUCUUCUUGGCAGCAGCCUUGGUGACCUUGGCACCAGUAGGAUCCUUCUUCUCCACGGCCUUGAUGACACCCACAGCAACGGUCUGCCUCAUGUCCCUCACGGCGAACCUACCCAGAGGUGGGUACUCGGAGAAAGUCUCCACCACCAUGGGCUUGGUCGGAAUCAUCUUCACGAACCCAGCAUCACCAUUCUUCAAGAACUUAGGCUCCUUCUCGAGCUCCUUUCCAGAUCGCCUGUCGAUCUUGGUCAUGAUCUCAGAGAACUUCACAGCAAUGUGGGAGGUGUGGCAGUCAAGCACUGGGGCAUAGCCAUUUCCAAUCUGGCCAGGGUGGUUCAUGAUGAUGACCUGGGAUGUGAAGUUGGCAGCCUCCUUGGCAGGGUCAUCCUUGGAGUUGGAGGCAACGAACCCACGCUUGAGAUCCUUGACAGCAACAUUCUUCACGUUGAACCCAACGUUGUCACCAGGGAGAGCCUCCUGGAGAGCUUCAUGGUGCAUCUCAACAGACUUGACCUCAGUCGUCAGCCCGGUGGGACCAAAGGUAACAACCAUACCGGGCUUGAUGACACCGGUCUCAACACGACCCACUGGCACAGUUCCAAUACCACCGAUCUUGUACACAUCCUGAAGUGGGAGACGGAGUGGCUUGUCUGAUGGCCUCUUGGGCUCGUUGAUGUUGUCAAGAGCAUCAAGAAGGGUUGGGCCCUUGUACCAGUCAAGGUU